GGUGUAACCUUGCCAGUUUUUGAGCAUUACCAAGAAGGAGGGGACAGCUAUGAGCUGACUGGCUUGGCCAGAGGUGGAGAACAGCUGGCUAAGCUGAAGAGGAACUAUGCCAAAGCUGUGGAGCUGCUUGUGGAACUGGCCUCCUUACAGACAUCCUUUGUUACUUUGGAUGAAGCCAUUAAAAUAACAAACAGACGUGUGAAUGCAAUUGAACAUGUGAUCAUUCCCAGGAUCGAGCGUACUCUUUCUUAUAUCAUCACAGAACUGGAUGAACGAGAACGAGAGGAAUUCUACAGGUUAAAGAAGAUUCAGGAAAAGAAAAAAGUAUUGAAAGAAAAAUCUGAGAAAGAACGGGAGCUGCGGAGGGCUGCUGGUGGGGAACAUGAGCCAGCCAAUCUCUUAGCAGAAGAGAAGGAUGAAGACCUUCUCUUUGAGUAACCCAGCACAGUUGUUGUAUAUGGAGCAGGGGACCCACAAUCCAGAAUGUCCAAUUGCAAUAUCAUUCAGGACAUGUUGCCUCAAUGAUACUUGUGUGGCUUCUCCGUUGGUGUGUAAGUCUUGAGUUGAAUGGAUUGUGGAUUUCUCCUGGGAGAUUAGAAAUCUGAGAACUUGACUGCAGCACAGGCAGAAAAUGGGAGAUGAGUCAGGUGCUGUACUAUCAGGAAAGCCUUCUAUUGCACGCUCAGCCUGUUUUUUCACUUAGUAGGAAUGACUGUCCGUAGCUAUGGUUUUUGCAGGAUGGCUCUUGAUUUGCCUAAUCGGAUUCCUCUUUCAAUGCUCCCCUUCCUUGUGCACGUAGAGGAAAACAUUAUUUGGGGAGGGAGAUGCAUGUAAUGUUCUUUACUGCUGAACUGUUAACGUACAAAUUGCUUAAAGCACAGCUGAAGUCAAAUGUCAGCAAAGGCAACUCUAGUUUUCUAACCUGUUGAUGAAAUCCACAGUCUUCUGUGAUUUGUUUUUGUUGCACGAUUGUUAUCAUUGGCCUAAAACAUCUUUGGUUUUAAUUAGAGGUUAUGCCAACUUGUGUACUGUCUCUGCUAGAAACAAGUAAAAAUUUUAAAUGUU